UUUCUGGUUACUCAAAACAGCUUCCUGGAGGUUGACGUGGAUGUUGAUGAUGGCAGAGACUAAAGCAGAGCUGUCAGUUGAUGCCUCUAUCCUUCACACCUCUAACAGCAGCGGGAAUGCGUCCUCACAGUCCAACAACCCUCUAUCCAGAAAACUCAACAAGAUCCUGGAGACCAGGUUGGAUAAUGACAAGGAGAUGCUGGAAGCGUUGAAAUCUCUCUCUGUGUUUUUCACUGAGAACAGUCUGAGAACCAGGAGGAACCUUCGAGGAGACAUUGAGAGACGCAGCCUGUCCAUCAAUGAAGAGUUUGUACGGAUAUUUAAGGAAGUGAAGGAGGAACUUGAGAGCGUUCAUGAAGAUGUUCAGGCCAUGAGCUCCUGCUGUGAAGAAAUGACCAACAGGUUGAAGGCAGCCAAAGAACAAACCCAGGACUUGAUUGUGAAAACCAACAAACUUCAGGGAGAGAAUCAUCAGUUGGAGGUUCGAGCUCAGGUGGCCCAGGCAUUCCUGUCAAAGUUCCAGUUGUCCACCACUGAGAUGGCAACAUUAUGCUCCGCACGAGAUGGUCCCAUCACUGAGGACUUCUUCAGAGCGCUGAACCAUGUGAAGAACAUCCAUGAAGAUGUGAAGGUCCUAUUGAGGACUAACCAGCAAACAGCAGGGCUGGAGAUCAUGGAGCAGAUGGCUGUGUUACAGGAGACCGCAUACGAGCAGCUCUAUCGCUGGGCUCAGAGUUUUUCUCACACACUUUUAAGUUUUCUUGUCCACUCUCUCUUUGUGUCUGUGUGCCCCUCUCUUUUGUCCCGUGCUCUCACUCCCCAUUUUUAUCUAAGGGAGUACACACUGGAUGAGUUUGGAACGGCUCGGCGGUCUGCCGUGGUCCGAGGCUUUAUCGACGCCCUGACCCGUGGAGGACCGGGUGGCACCCCGAGACCCAUAGAGAUGCACUCUCAUGAUCCGAUGAGGUAUGUUGGGGACAUGUUGGCCUGGCUCCAUCAAGCCACAGCCUCGGAGAAGGAGCACCUGGAAGCCUUGCUCAAGCAAGUUGCUGUGCAAGGGGUUGAAGAAAACAUGCAGGAAGUAGUUGGCCACAUCACUGAAGGAGUGUGCAGACCACUCAAGGUGCGAAUUGAGCAGGUGAUCAUUGCAGAGCCAGGUGCUGUUCUUCUGUAUAAACUCUCCAACCUUCUCAAGUUCUACCAUCACACCAUCAGUGGCAUCAUGGGUACCAGCGUUUCCUCUCUGUUGAUGACCAUUGAUGAGAUGCACAUGCUCAGUAAGAAGAUGUUCUUCAACAGUCUUAGUCUCCAUGCCAGUCGCCUUAUGGAUAAAGUAGAGCUUCCACCUCCUGAUCUGGGUCCCACUGCCUCCCUCACUCAGACUCUGUCUCUCCUUAGAGAGGUUUUGGCCUCCCAUGAUUCAUCAGUUCUGCCUCUUGAUGCCCGUCAGGCUGACUUUGCACAGGUAUUGUCCUGCAUCCUUGACCCGUUGCUGCAGCUGUGCACGGUAUCAGCCAGUAACCUGGGUACAGCAGAUAUGGCCACCUACAUGGUGAACUCCCUAUACAUGAUGAAGACCACACUGGCACUCUUUGAGUUCACAGACAAACGCUUAGAAAUGUUGGAGUUUCAGAUUGAGGCUCACUUGGACACUCUAAUCAAUGAGCAGGCAUCUUUCGUGCUGACUAGAGCUGGGCUUAGUCACAUCUACAGCUGUGUCCAGCAGCACACCACAGAGCAGGGUCCCUUGGCCAACCUCCCUGGAAUGGACUGCACAUCCUUAAAAACAGCCAUGGUCCAGUUUGACCGUUAUUUGGCCUCUCCUGAUACACUUGUGAUGCCACAACUCAACUUCCUGCUCAGUGCUGCUAUCAAGGAUCAGAUCUUCAAACAGUCCACAGAGCUGGUGUGUCAUGCGUAUGGAGAGGUGUACAAAGGUGUCACCAACCCUACAAACGGCUAUAAAGAAGCAGAUUUAGUCCUGCACAGAUCCCCACAGCAGGUACAAACCCUGCUGUCCUGAAAUGUGCCUCACACACCCUGUGACAAGCAAGGAUGUGACAUCCAACACACUCAAUGUUCUGGGACUGACACUGGAUUCUGGCCGCAAGACCAUGUUCAAAUACUUGUCUGGUAAUGGGGAGGGGUUUAUCACUGUUAAUUGUUAAUUAUGUGAAACAAAGGCACUCCAGUGACAGUGUGUAUCAUGAAACAUAUCUGUCUAGAUUUCUCAAUUGUUGCUAUGUGGACACUGUUGUUUGCCAGAGGAGAGGAGAGGACAGCUCACACUGAGGAAAAAACCCAUUUAUUUUUCCUCCCCAUGUGAAGGGAGAUCUCCACUAGCAGGCCCAGGGAAGCAAACUAUAGACAAUUUCAUUGCCACACAUAAUAUUCAUAUACACUCAAAUAUACAUACAGUCAUUACAUUACAUACACAGGGGCUUUUUCUUUCAUGGCCACAGAGGCCUGAUGUGACUCAACGCCAGUCUGUAAGCAGAAACAGUUCUGUCUUUCUUCUCUUUAAAUCACAAACUGCAUUAAAAUAUACUUAAAAGUUCACAGGCUUGUGUGUCUUUCAGUUUUUUCCCACUCAGCCUCUUUUGAAAGAGAUAGUUAAAUGAAAUUUUGUGGCCACCCAGUGGAGAAGUCAACCAAUGGGAAGAAAGUCGAAGGCAUUCUCUCAGACAAUGGUGCUUUCAUGUCAGCGGCCCAAUGGGCAGUCACGCCAUCAUUUAAUUGCCGACAAAACGCCUGCCAGUGCUCAUUCGUCAACUAAAUUUAGCAAAACACUGAAAAACAGUAGAGAAAAAAGGCAGUAUUACUCUUGGACUAUUAAUAGAAGUUUGUACCAGUUCUCAAAUGGAAGCAGACAGAAUAGUAAGGCCUAGCAGAAGUGCAGGGCGACAGAUAAAAACCAUUAGGAUGCGAGGAGACUACAGUGAACUCAGUGUGUGUGAGAGUCGCUGGGGGCUACAUGGCCUCUCAUCUGGUGGAAUAUUUUGAGCGUGUCACAUGGCCGCAUUAAAGGCACUCUCCCUGCGGUGCCCGCAGCCAAGAUGCCCCUCACAUGCCUCGCAUUCAGCUUGAGGCUUUCAGCUAGCGAAAAGCAAAGUCAAGUGAAGUACAAGUGUGACUCUGUGGUGUGGUGUACUGUGAAAUGGGUUAUAAAUAUAGAUGACUAUUUUUAACCAAGAUCACAUUUGUGGGAGGCACGGAAACCCAUUUUGGAUAUCACACAGCAUCUAAACUGGCAACACACCAUCUGAACUGGCAACAUUUUGUGUGUAGACAGUGCAGGGUCAGUCUAGGUAGGUUUCAAAAGCAUUUGAUUUGUCAAACCCUCAAGUGCAGUUGAGUAAUAGGUACAUUAAACCCUGAAAG